AUGCUUUUAAGCUGGUUUGAGACAAAUAAAACAUUGCCAGAAGCAAGAGAAUUGACUUAUGCAGAAUUCCCUCUUAAGUUUGUUUGGAAGAAACAAUUGAAAAGAUGGGAGAAAAGAAGAACUUCUGUAUUUUCCAAUGGAAGAAUUUUCUUUGUUCCGCCUGGAACUGGUGAAUUAUAUUAUCUCAGAUUGUUGUUGAAUGUUAUUAAAGGUCCAAAAUCCUAUGACGAUCUUAAAAGAAUCAACAAUCAUAACUAUCUCACUUUUAGAGAUGCAUGUUAUGCACUUGGGUUAUUGGAUGAUUGUAAAGAGUAUGUGGAUGCCAUAAAGGAAGCAAAGGCAGAGCUAACAAAUGAUGAAUUGAAAAAUCAUUGUUUACAAAAGUUGGAAAAAGUUUUGAAAAGUUGUGGAAGAAGUUUUCAUGAUUUUCCAACAAUGACAAUACCUCUUUACAAUGAGGAAGAAGUUGAUCAUAGCAAUAGGUUAAUCUAUGAUGAAUUGCGUUAUAAUCGUCAUUCUCUGUUAGAGGAACAUCAACAAUUAUUAAUGAAUUCGACAGUUGAACAAAAGUCAGUUUAUGACAAAAUUAUGAGGGCAGAGAAUGACGCCAAAGGUCAAUUCUUCUUUUUGUAUGGUUAUGGAGGAACUGGAAAGACUUUUAUUUGGAAGACUCAGUCUUCUGGCAUACGAUCUAGAGGAGACAUCGUGUUAACUAUUGUAUCAAGUGGAAUUGCAUCUCUUUUGUUACCAGGUGGUAGAACAACUCAUUCGUGA